UUGCAAUUUACUGAUAAACGAUUUCAGCCUGUUCAUGAUUUAACCAUUGGUGUUGAAUUUGGAGCCAGAAUGAUCACCAUUGAAAACAAGCCAAUCAAGCUUCAAAUAUGGGACACGGCGGGCCAAGAGUCAUUCAGAUCCAUUACAAGGUCUUACUACCGAGGAGCUGCGGGUGCACUUCUAGUUUACGAUAUUACUAGGAGGGAGACUUUCAAUCACUUGGCUAGCUGGUUGGAGGAAGCAAGGCAGCAUGCAAAUGCAAACAUGACAGUUAUGCUUAUUGGUAACAAGUGUGACUUGGCUCAUAGAAGGGCUGUGAGCACAGAGGAAGGUGAGCGGUUUGCCAAGGAACAUGGACUGAUAUUCAUGGAGGCCUCAGCGAAAACGUUUCAAAAUGUUGAAGAGGCAUUUAUAAGCACAGCUGCGAAAAUCUACAAGAAAAUUCAGGAUGGAGUUAUUGACAUAUCUAAUGAGUCUUAUGGCAUAAAACUUGGACAUGAAACCCACGCAGCCUCAUCUGUAGGUAGAGAUGGUAAAGCUUCUCAGACAGGCGUCUGCUGCAGCUGAAAAUUUGGAUUUGUUUUGGCCAAAAUAAUAAAAUAACCUUGAACUUUAUAACUUAGAUAAUCCUUUCUUCUUUAAUUUACUUAAAU